AUGCUGCGUCUUUUGAAACCCGGCCGCUGCCCGUCGGCCUUACGCCUUUUCUCAACUUGCAGCGCAAGACUAUCGGGUCAUAACAAGUGGUCGACCAUCAAGCACGACAAGGCAAAGAACGAUGCCGAGAAGAACAAGCUCUUCAACAAGUUCGCUAAUCAGAUCGCGCUCGCUGUGAAGCUCGGCGGCGGCUCCACCGACCCUGCGCUAAACAUCCGGCUGGCUGCGGCUAUCGAGUCCGCCAACAAGAACAACGUUACCAAAAGAGUGGUCGAGAACGCCAUCAAGAAGGGCUCGGGGGCAGGUGGCAAGGACGGUUCGAAAUCCGGGUCGUGCGUCUACGAAGGCAUGGGCCCCGGCGGUGUCGCAUUUGUUGUUGAGGCGUUGACCGACAAUAAAAACAGAACCAUUGGCCUGGUGAGGAGCACCUUUAGCAAGGUCAACGGCAGCAUGACUCCUACGCUCUACUUCUUCGACAGGAAAGGCUACAUUAUCGUGCAGCCGCCGCAGGAACUCGACGACUUCGAUCAGGUCUUUGAGAAGGUGCUUGAACACGAGGGCGUUGAGGACCUGGAACAGGUGGAUCCUGAAAACGAUGCAUUGGCCGCUGAAGACCUGGCGCCCGGCUUUGCAUCGAGCGUCUACGAGCUCAGCACCGAGCCUGCGGCGACAAACCAGGUGGCAUCGAGCCUUAAACAGCAUGGUUUCCAUAUCAAAGAGGUUGGGAUUGGCUACGUGCCCAAGAGUGACAUGUUAGUGGAUGUCCAGAACGAAGACACUAUGAAGUCGGUUGAAAAGUUUAUGGGCCAGCUUGACGAAAUAGACGAUGUUACGGAUUUUUACUGCAACCUGAGAAAGUAG